AUGGCCUCUGGUAUGGAAGUCAUCGAGGCUGGGUCCCCGGCUCGGGGUAAACUGCGCAUUGUCGCCAUCAUGACUGGACUCUCUCUGGCUAUGCUUAUUGCUGCAUUGGAUCAGACUAUUGUGGCAACUGCUAUUCCGACAAUUGCGGCAAAGUUGCAUUCUGCUGCGGGUUAUACGUGGAUUGGCGGUGCUUAUUUGCUUGCAAAUGCGGCUGGUGGUUGCAUCUGGGCCAAGCUCUCGGACAUCUGGGGUCGCAAAUUGAUCUUGUUGAUUGCCGUCGCUUGGUUCUUUAUUAGUUCAAUUGUCUGCGCUGUUGCGGUUAACAUGGAAAUGUUAAUUGCCGGUCGUGCGUUGCAGGGUGUUGCCGGAGGUGGACUUCUUCAACUCAUCACCAUCAUUAUCUCUGAUCUCUUCAGUGUCCGUCAUCGAAGCCUGUACCUUGGCCUGAUGGAGUUCAUGUGGGCCUUUGCUGGUGGAAUUGGCCCUCUCCUCGGUGGUGCAUUCUCCCAGUACGUUUCCUGGAGAUGGAAUUUCUGGAUCAACGUCCCCGUCUCUGGAGUGACAUUCAUUCUAUUGCUGUUCUUCUUGGAUGUCCACAACCCAGAGACCAAGAUCAUGGAUGGUGUCAAAGCCAUCGAUUGGUUUGGGAGCGUCUCUAUUUUGGGAUUCACCUUGAUGCUUCUUCUGGGCCUUGACUUUGGCGGACAGACCUUCGCCUGGAGCUCGUCUCAGGUCAUUUGUUUGAUUGUAUUCGGAUCCUUCUGCUCUCUGCUGUUCAUUUACAGUGAGAAGCGACUAGCAAAGUAUCCACUCAUGCCUCUCAACAUCUUUUCUCGCCUUUCCAAUAUUGCCACUUUGGCAGUGGCCUUUGCGCAUGGAUUUGUAUUCAUUGCUGGCGAAUACUACAUGCCCCUCUACCUGCAAUCAGUCAAAGAAGCAUCCCCCAUGCGCUCGGGAGUUUUAAUCCUCCCCCUCCCCCUCGCUGAGGCCUUCUCCGGUAUCGCCACAGGCGCAAUCAUCCACAAGACUGGCCGAUACUUAGAACUCAUCUGGGGCGGCCUGAUUCUCAUGCUCAUCGGAAACGGCCUUUACAUCCAUCUCGGCGUGGACUCUUCCCUCGGCGAGAUAGUCGGUUACCAGCUAAUCAGCGGCAUCGGUGCCGGAUUCCUCUUCCAAACCCCUAUCAUCGCUAUUCAAGCCAUGGUCUCGCAAGAUGAAACAGCAACCGCGACAGCUACUCUCGGAUUCAUCCGUAACAUGGCCACCGCCUCGUCGAUAGUCAUCGGCGGUGUCGUUUUCCAGAACAGCAUGGGCAAGAGGAAAGCUGGUCUUCUGGCGACGGGCAUGUCGGAGGCUAUGGCGGACCGGAUGACGGGUGACUCCGCAGCCGCCAAUAUCGAGUAUAUCAGCCAGAUUGACGAUGCGGCGCAGCUUUUGGCUGUGAAGGAGGCAUUUGCUUGGAGUUUGAGGAAUAUGUGGAUUUUGUAUACGUGCAUGUCUGCUGUUGGUCUUUUCCUUUCCGCGUUUAUUUUGAAGGCUCGGUUGAAUAAGGAGCAUGUGGAGACGGUGACUGGGUUGAAUCAGGAGAAGAGGGCUGUUGUUCAAGAGGUGCAGCCCGCUGAUGAAUAG